AUGGGAACGGAGGUUCUUGUCCUAUCGAGACACAAUCCCUCGCCGCCAUUCCGCUCACAGCCAUCAAGAUCAUCCUGGCUUGUCUGGCAGAUCGUAACCCAGUUCGCAUCCGUGGUUGACGUGGAGUACCCAGAAAUUUACGAGAGGUUCUUGGCAGCGUUGAACUUGGUAAAUUUCAACCUGGGCUUCUUCUUGUCCUUCCUGUGUGUGGUGGAAACUAACUUCUACGGGCGCCUAGCUUUUUCGACUCUUUUGCCACUGGCUAUUUUGGGUGGGCUUGCGGCUACACAUGCCAUCGCCAAGCGAAACAAUCGGCACUCGCAGGUGGGGAUGCGAGAGGCGACGGACAAACAUUUGUCGAUCGCACUGUUCAUCGUGUUCGCCACCUACUCUUCGGUGUCUUUCACAAUAUUCCAGACCUUCAUGUGCGAGACUCUCGACGAUGAAGUGGAGUACUUGCGGGCUGACUACAGUCUUACCUGCUCGACCAGCACGCACACCAUAAUGGAGGUCUAUGCCGGCCUGAUGGUACUGGUGUACCCCAUUGGCAUCCCUGCCGUCUUCGCUUGGUGGCUGGCUUCGAACCGAAAAGAUCUUGUUCGGGAGAGGUCUAGUGGAACCGCAACCCCAGAAAACUUGCGACCGAUGAAGGACCUCUGGGAGCCGUACAAACCAAGGCGCUACUUCUACGAGUUGGUGGAAUGCGGCCGGCGAAUAGGGCUGACAGGUCUCGCUGUCUUUUUAUUUCCGGGCACUGCGGCGCAAGUGGCGAUCGAGGUGGCGUUUGCAGCUGGACUCCUUGUGGUAUUCGAAGUACUCGCGCCGUUUGUUGACCCCGUGGACGCGGGGCUGUACCGCUCCGGUGCGCUGGUCGUGUUUUAUAGCAUGUACUUGGCUCUUCUGUUGAAAGUUGACGCCUCGGACGAAAGCAGUGAAAGCCAACAAGUGUUUGCGGCUGUGCUCGUAGCGGCGCACGUCAGCAUGGUAUUGGCGGUGCUGUUGCGUUCUUUGCUGUCCGCGAAAAAGGUUGGUAUUGAAGCCAUGAGGAAGAAGGUCGAAAUUCGGGACGUACCUGUUGCCAACAACACCCGCAGCAGCUGGAGAGCGUCCGAAAUUUUCGGUGCAGAGGCGGCCGGCGAAAGCGGAGAUUACUGGGAGCCACGCCUCGGCCUGGCUACUAUAGCGGAACAGCCACAAGAACACCAAAAUGCGGGGAACGGCGCCUCCCACGGCACGAUGGGGUAGUCGACGUAAGAGCGGCACAUACUACUGUGGGCGGAAUACAUUUGACGAGGAGAUUUCUUGGGGGAUCCGUUGUAGAGGGGGGCCAGGGCAGGUACGCUGUUGUCUUUUGCGAAAGUCAGCAACUGUUUGCAGUUGUUGCUAUCUUUCAGGUCAUCACGUCCAUCAGUGCCUAGAAUCCCCUCACCUUGUAGGCUCUCUUCUUCUCUGCCCUUCCGUAAGAACCACUCUAAACAUCGUAGUUGGGCCUGAAAAAUUGGAGCCAAGUUGGAGCCUUUCCGUAUGCUUUGAGCAUCGGCCCACAAGAGCGUCCUUGGCCGCACGACAGAGAAUAAGCAGCAGGACAGGGUAGGUCGGAUACUGGCUGGGCUUACCAAGUCCGACCAUGGUUUGUUUCGAGACGUCAUCAUGCAGUCCUGAUCUUGUUUGUCAAAAGGUAUUUUGUUUUUCGCGAAUAGUUCACCUCUAGCUGUCUCAAU